GCUGUGGCCGUACAAGUUUUCAGUGGUCGCGCGGAAUCUUACCGAGGUGAACGUGUUCGCGUUCCUUUCUGCCAUUCACAGUGCACAGUUCACCAGCCAGCUUCUUUCCUUGAUUUACAUCGAGCCUGUUUCCUUCUACUAUCGGCAGUUAUCAGGAUUCUACUGCUUCUGUCUCCUAGAAGGAAAUAUCAAGCAGCUGUAAAAGUUGUAAAAAGUUGUAACAUUGUAACAUAUAGCUCAUUUGGAAAUUGGAAUUUUCCUUUUUGCUGUUUUUGGUAUUUCUUUUUUAUUAUCAUUUAAUUGGCUAUUGUCUCGAGACGGUUAAUAUCGUGAAAAGAUAGCAGAAUCUUAAGUUUGCCGCUCUUGCAACUUUCCAAGCUCCCUCUAAAAACAUUUUUAAUCGACUUUCGAUGCAAAAGUACAUGUGCCGUGGCGUUUUUCACCCCUCCCCCAAUUUAGCCAUUUGCUUCGCCCAUAACCUAACCCGUUAACUUGUAGACAAAAUAUACGCAUAGACACAGCAAGCUAGUUAGCCGGACAUGGACUUGUAAUUGGAAUCGACACGCGUUACUCUUUUCUUUGCCGUUGAUUUAAAUAAAUACAUAAAAUAAAAAUGUCGGUUCUUCGUGCUGUUGGCGACAUUAUCGGUUUUCUUUUACUCUCUGCGGUCGCCAUUAUUCAAGGAAUUGUUCGAAUGUUCAUACCCAUGAAAUACAAGAUGAAAAGCAUCGACGGGGAAAUUGCCCUUGUUACUGGUGGAGGCGGCGGACUGGGAAGGCUUCUGUCGCUCAGGCUGGCCAACCUGGGUGCAAUAGUUGUCGUCUGGGAUAUCAAUGAAAAUGGUAUUGACGAAACAGUGAAACUGGUUCAGGCUGCUGGUGGAACUUGUUAUGGUUACGUUUGUGACCUGUGCGAUCGUGAGGAUGUCUACCAGAAGGCAGUCGUCCUUAGGCAAGAAGUCGGCAAGGUUUCCAUAUUAAUUAAUAAUGCUGGAAUCGUCACGGGAAAGAAAUUUUUGGAGACACCAGAUCAGCUAAUCAUACGUACCAUGAACGUUAAUGUCAUGAGCCAUUUCUGGACGGUGAAAGCCUUUCUUCCAGCCAUGAUGGAAGAUAAUAAGGGUCACAUUGUGAGUAUCGCAAGUCUUGCCGGCUAUGUUGGCAUUCCAAAACUUGUAGAUUAUUGCGCUUCCAAAUUCGCUGCUGUUGGUUUCGACGAGGCGCUUCGAAUGGAGCUUGAGGCUGCUGGUUACAACAUCAACACCACGGUCAUUUGCCCAUACUUUAUACGUAGUACCGGCAUGUUCGAAGACGUUCAAUCCAGAUUUGUUCCGACCCUGAGCUCAAACGAGGUUGCAGACAGUGUAAUAGAGGCCAUGCGGUGUAACGAGAAAUUUACUAUUUUGCCAAGCUAUCUCCAGGCCAUGCUGGCGCUAAAAUGGAUGUUUCCAUGGGAUUGUGCAGCAAUGUUUCUUCGUGGCCUAGUGAGAGAUGCGUCACCGGAACAUGGAGAGACCUUGAAUAUCCCGGAGGGACAAGAAGUAGCCAAAGCUGGUACUAAAGAUCAGACUGGUAUCCAUCAGCAACUGGCCAGGCGUGUUUCCAGUUCGGAAAGGAAGCCCUAGUCCUCGCCAUAUUAAAAUACUCAUAAAUGAAGGCUUGUGUUAGCUUACACGUUAAUUGAUUCCGCACAGUUUGUAGUAUUAUAAUGCAAACUCCAAUUGGUUAAACUCACAUUAGGUAAUCCAUCAAUUGAGUUUAUUUAGAGCAAUUGGAAUUAUUAAGAGUGCUGUUAAGAUAAUUUGAAAACAAGAAGUUGAACCUGUACGCAUUUUAAAAUGUAUGUUUUGGACUUGGACAAUCGUGGACACACAGAAACCUGCAUUAAUUACAAAGGAACAUAGCAGAACCUGAACUUUGUGAAUACGUGUGAAAAGUCGAGACACCUCAAAGGUUAUUCCGUGAAAGCGGUAACUUACAGCCUGAGCUACUGGUUAAAACUCUACUAAAAGUAGCGCGAAUCGUAAGAUAUACAAAUGUAAACUGUAAAUGAAAGAGGAAAUUAAUUGUAUACCUCUUCCUUGUACUAUAUUGAAAUAAGUUUUUAGUUUUCACAUAUUUUUUAAGUGAACUAACCAACCAGGUCGUGGCAUGAUUUAUCUUGAAAAAUAAGAAAAGAAGAAAUGCAAAUUUAUUUUUAUAAUUAUUAUUACCUUUAUAGUUUUGCGUCACAAAUUAAAUAAUUUUUGUACUCCUAGGACACAUAUCAAAACAUUACAAUUAUUAAGAAGGUGGAUCAAAAUGAAAUAUUUUGAUAAAUUAUUAAUAAAUAAUUUUCUGCCUUUGCAAUAGACUUUUUAAUUCACAUGAAAAAUAUAAAAUUAUUCUACUGUACGCCAAGCGAAAUCGGGUAAAGUAGGUGUGUACAUAAUGAACGAUCGUAUACCUCCACGUAUAGAUAAAGUUAAUGUAUAUAUAAGUGGCAAAGCGGUUCACGUAAUCGCGUUAAUGUGGGUAGAGAACUACAUCUCUGGUAAUAGUAAAAUAGAGGCAGUACCAUGUGAAUAGUAUUUAACACAACGAACCGUCAUAUUAUUAGUUUGGUAGCCAUUCUAACUGCCAGCCAAAGCCCACUUGUUUUUCAACGACUAUCGGUGGUACUGUGUAUCAAGCAAAGUUCACUCAAAUUUCCGAAUUUCGUGGUUAAACAUUUCGUGGCUAAAAUACAUUAUUUUUAAUUUGCGUAUUGUUUAGUGUACUUCGCAUCGAGCUGUAGUAUAGUGUUACCUCGUUAAAAAGUCUUACAAUUGUGUAUACAGUUACAUACUAAUUUUUUAGUGUAAAGAUUUUUGAAUGUGUGUAGCUUAUGGUAGCCGUAUUUGCUAUCUAGACAUUAAGUAUUGUGAAGCGUCUACACCAGAGCAAACGACGUUAGAUAUUCGAGCACUUAUGUACUAUUUAUACAAGUAUUUAAAAGACGUUAUCUCGCGUGAUCCACUAUCGUCAUUUGGCUCCGAAUCUCAGUUGGUCCUGAGGGAAUACUAUCAAGUGUACUAUCACUAUUAUUAAGACAAUGUACCCCUCGUGAAAACAUUUCUCUCAAAGCGUCCGAAAUAUUAUGAUUUCAUGAUUUUGGAAUUAUUCAGUUAUUCUCAGGUCAAAUCUGGAACUCAUUCGAUUUAGGUCUAAAGUUCUCCGAAAGACAUUACAUUUUUCUGAAAAUCUGUGUAAUUUAUCAAUAUUAUUUCACUUUGAAGAAAAAUAAUGAAAAAUGUAAUUUUUAA